UGUUUGUCCCACUGCUGUAUCCGUAGUAGUAACGCACCGGUUGGCGAAACCGAAGCUGAUGAUGCCCUGUCGCUACAGGAGCAUCUGUGCUGGUUAUUUUAGGCCAGUUUUACAAAUGUAAUUUUACAGUUGUCAUUCAUCAUUUAUUAACUGUUCAUCUCGUUUUUUCCGAGUCCCGAUUUCACAGUUUAAACUUAAAAUUUAAGUUGCUAAAGGUUGUUUACUAUGUAAGCAAGGAAGUAGUCAUAAUCAAAUGACUAACCUAGAGUUUAUUUCCUGGUAGCUAGUAUUUAUGCACACGGGAUCUUAACACUUAGUUUAGGUUUUAUCUUUAUUAGUCCGUCAAACAUAGUCUAUAGAGCCCAUUCAUCCUCUGGAAAUGGAGAUCAUAUACAGACAAGGCGUUUGGAUGGCAGAGGCUCUUCAGCAGAGAACAAGAAGUUAUGAAGAUUUCUGGCUCGUUACUUCUCAUAUGGGAGACCCAAAAGCUGCAGUGCUUCUGGUCUUUCCACUCGCGUUUUAUGUACAUCGACGAACUGGCAUCGCAGUCCUCUGGGUAGCAGCUUUAUCUGAGUGGCUUAACUUAGUACUCAAAUGGAUCCUGUUUGGGGAGAGGCCCUAUUGGUGGAUAAGAGAAUCUGGAUUGUUUUCUGACAACCUACCAAAGGUCCACCAGUUCCAAUCCACUUGUGAAACUGGCCCAGGCAGUCCUUCAGGUCAUGCUAUGGUCACUAGUGCUGUCUGGUGGGUGAUCAUCUCUUCUCUGGCAUCAUUCUUUUAUACUCGCACACGCAGUAAGACAUUAGCUGCUGUGCCGUACCUGUUCUAUGUGGUUUUGUUGGGAUGUGUAGGUCUUUCCCGAAUAUUCAUCUUGGCUCACUUCCCUCACCAAGUCAUUGCAGGUCUUCUGACAGGAACAAUGCUGGGAGUCUGUCUGAACCGAUCUGUGCCUGAAGGACGCCCUCUGUUGUUCUUCUUACGCUACAGCAUGAUGCUACUCUUCGGUGCUCUUCUAAUGCACACUGCUCUGCAAAGGACUGGAAUUGAUCUGUCUUGGUCCAUUUCACUGGCUAAAAGGUGGUGUUCUCACCCAGAAUGGGUUCGCAUGGAUACAGCACCCUUCUCCUCUUUGACCCGUGAUGCUGGAGUUUUGUUAGGUCUGGGACUUGCACAGUUUUGGAAGCCUGGCGGUUGGCCUCUUCCCUGGGUACCCAGGACUCUUUGUCUGGCCCUUUCAUCCAUGGCACUCCACUACAUCAGCAGUUUCCAGCUGCCCACAGUUUCUCCUCUGCUCUUCUACUCUCUGUUCUUUCUUAAAUACACUGUUGUGCCACAGGUAGUCAUGGUGUUCAUACCAGGAUUUGUGCAUCUCCUUACAGCCAAACCCAAGAGAGACUGAAAGGGAACAUUUUGAAGUAUACCCCAGACAGGACACUUCUGUCGUCUUUAAACCAGCCACAUAAAGUCCCAAAAACAACCCAGCAGUUUGAACGCAAUCUAAUUUGUGUGGUUACAUUAAAAAAAAAAAAUUUACAAUAAAGUUGUAUUUGUUACCAUUAGUGAAUGCAUUAGGAAACAAUGAACAAUACUUCUACAGCAUUUAUUAAUUUUGGUUUAUUUACUAAUAUUUAAAAAAGCACAAUGAGCAAACAUGAGUAGGCAUUAAGUAACAUUAACAAAGAUUCCCAAAUGCUGAAUUGUUCAUUGUUAGUUCCUGUUAGCUAAUGCAGCUUAUUGUUAAGUGUUACUCUCUUAACUUUAUUUAUGCAGAAAUGCACAUGAAUUACAGCAGGGCUAUCUGGUGGGCCUAUGUUUAGCGUGCGUCCCAAACAGUGUUUCUGGAGAUGUGUAUAUAUUUUUUGAUGGAUCAAAAUACUGUUCUGCUUUAACUGCAUCCUCCAUUUAGUUAUUUUUUUGAAACUGCCUUAUUUAAACGAAAAUUGUGUGUUUUCUUUAGCAGCAGUAAUAUUUAUCUUGCCUGACAUUUCUCCCAGUAUUUGCUAAUUCAUUGUUGAAGUGUUCGGAGGAGUUUCCAGGCACGUUUCUAUGGAAAUUACUGCCUCAGGUGUACAGUAUACAUGUUGGGAGCCGUAUGUCAGUGCAAGUCAAUUGGAUUUUCUUGUCUUUGUCUGCCAGCUACAAAUCGCAUAGAAACUUAAUAAUACACCUCAAAGAGGUUUGUUUAAAGGGACACUCCACUUUUUUGAAAAUAUGCUCAUUUUCCAGCUCCUAUAGGGUUAAAUAUUUGAUUUUUACGGUUUUGGAAUCCAUUCAGCCGAUCUCUAGGUAUGGCGGUACCAUUUUUAGCAUAGCUUAGCAUAAUCCAUUGAAUCUGAUUAGACCAUUAGCAUCACGCUCAUAAAUAACCAAAGAGUUUCUAUAUUUUUCCUAUUUAAAACUUGACUCUUUUGUAGUUACAUUGUGUACUAAGAAUGAGAAUAUAGUUCCUAGCCAUAUCUGUCUAGAAAAUUGCAACUUUUAAUUUUCUGUCGGUCUUAGUACAUGAUGUUACUACAGAAGAGUCAAGUUUUAAAUAGGAAAAAUAUCUAAACUCUUUGGUUAUUUUGUAGGGCGUUG